CGGCUCCGCAGUCUCGGGCCCGAAGGAGGGGCUGCACGGCGGUGCCUGGAGGCAGGAGCUAAAGGAGGAACCUCUGCUGGGGGUUUGUCCAACUGCAGGCCCCGCAAUCUCUGACCCCCCACUGGGCGGGGCAAACCUGGAAGCGGCGGCGCUCGGUUCUGCGUAGCAAUGCCCAGCUUUGCAUAACCAACGAAGGCUAGCAUUUAAGGGCGCCGCCGCCGCCACAGACCUAGUAACCCUGCCCGGACCCGCUCUUUGCAAUGGCCUCCCAGAUGGAUGCUGUGCUCCUGAUCGUCUUGGGCUUGCUUCUCGCCGGCCCUGCGGACCCUUCACGCGUCCACCAGAGAAGGCCACCCAAGUCCGGGAGCUUUUUCUGGAACAACUGCGAUAGGGGGAAGGAUCCUGUGUUGUUCAGAAGCCUGUCUCUGCUACCUGACCCUGUUCUCUUUCCUGGGAACAUGACUGUCAGCUUCGAGGUCCGGACCAGUGUCCCCCUCAACAGUCCUCAGAAGGUGGAAAUAAUUGUGGAGAAGGAAUUGGCUGGCUUCUGGGUCAAAGUCCCAUGUGUGGAUGAACUUGGUAGCUGCACCUAUGAAGACAUCUGCCAAGUACUUGACACUUUUAUUCCCCCUGGACAGCCCUGCCCGGAGCCUCUGCACACCUAUGGGCUUCCCUGCCACUGUCCCAUCAAGGCAGGCAUCUACUCGCUGCCUCGGACUGAUUUCAUCCUGCCCAACAUGGAGCUGCCCUCCUGGCUCAGUUUUGGGCACUACCGCAUCCAGGGCAUCCUCAGCAGCGGUGGGAAGCGUCUGGGCUGUGUCAGGAUCUCUGCCUCUCUGAUGGGCAAAUAAUGUGGCACCAGCAAUAGCAGAAAGAAGGGGCCUGAGAAAGGUAUCCCUCUUCUGUCUUGUAUUUGCCGAGGUCAAAUCCUGACUCUCUGUACCCCUUCAAGCCCUUUCUGCAAUGAUGCCACUUCCCUCACUGAGAAUCAUUUUGUGCCACCUGCAUGGCAUGGGUGGGCAGCCCUGACCUAGGGGUGCGGCUUGGCGGCUCUGAUAGCCCACAGCAGCUGCCAGGCUGGCCGCUUCAUUUCCCUCCUUGACUCUAUGACUUUCUCUUUAAGAGCUUAAUUCAUUUUCUAAAUAAUCAAGGAAUGGGACCAAUGUAUUUUGUGAUCUUGAGUUCAGACCAACCCAGUUGUAGUUUUCAGAAGUUACCUUUGUGAUUUUCUUUAAAAAAAUUUUUUUGGGUCACUGACUUAAAAGCAGAAUGGAAGUAUUAAUAACACUUUUUGCUUUACUUUUGUCCCCCUUAUGAUGAAGGGGCUGAAGUAGUUCACCUCAGUCUAUUCCUCCAUUAACUUCUGUGAUUAAUUCAGUAUUCUUUUCUAGUUUUACCCAGCAAACAGUGGGGCAUAGUGUAUCCGGGGAAGGCAGGGCACGUGGUGGAGCUUCACUGGGAGAGGUAUUUAAGAAUGCCCAUGUAUUUAAGAAAGUUUACAGACUCAGGUGCCUGCAGGGCCAAACACGAGACCUAAAUGAGUGAGGAUGAUGACAAGGAGCAUACUGUUUCCAGGCAUGUCUUCCUACCCACCCCCGCCUUUUAUAGCAGCAGAUAUGCAUUGUUACAGGCAGCUGAUGUCCAGGCUUGAGCUUGGGAAUAUUGUCAGGGAUGAUGGGGCCUGGGCUGAGUUAGAAAGGGUGCAUUCAGCCCAGAGGGGCAGCUGCGGUAGAGCCGUGGCCAGUUGGUGCCACAUGACAAUGCCGUAGGCCCAGUAUUGCCAAAUAGUCUCAAAUUUUUUUUCCCUUGGAGAAGCCAGAAGUCCAGACUUUUAUAUGAAAUCUUAUAGUUUUUAAAUAUUGGCAACAGAUGAUUUUUUUAAAAACACUGUGCAGGCCAAAAGGGCAAAACCGAUGUGUCAGUGGGGGAAAUCUGGCCCACUGUGGCCAGUUUGCAUCCUCUGAUGUAAGAACAUGCAUUCCUUGUCCUUUCAGUCUUGAGAUGACUCCUCCAGGGUUGUUUGUCCCUCUGCAGGGCCGGAUCCAUAGGGUCUGACCCACAGAGCAGGCUCUUGCAGGGCUAGGGACGGGGGAGGCAACCUCUCAUUGCUGUCGGUGGCAGGGAUCAUGAGGCUGCCUGCCCCAGCCUUGCAGCAUUGUCAUGCUGAAUGGGGCAAAUGCGGAAGAGUUGGAACCCACCAGCAGCUGCUCUGUGGAGCAAAGAUCCAACGAAGAGAGGUGGACUCACCUCGGGUUCCUGGGUUCGCCCAUCGUCCCGUCCUCCAUGACAACCUACUGACCCCUGGAUUACCCCCAGCUCCUGGGAUCAUUUGAAGCUUGGAAUGGCAAUAAACCUUUUUAAUUUGCUGAGAA